AUGGGAAUGCUGCUUUGCAGCCCAACUCAAGAAGCUACUGAAAUUCUGAGACCAUUUGUGUUGAGAGAUUUCAAAAUGGAUAUCGAUAAUUUUGAUUAUUUGGGAGGACCACUGUACACAAAAUCAGAGAAUGGAACAAUCCAGCCUUACUUCAAGACUCUUUCUACAAUUUCAACGAUGUCUGUUGUUGUAACAUUUUCAUUCGCGGUCAUUCUUUACUGUGGCACUAAAUGCUAUCUAGCAAUAUCUGAAUUGAAUGACAUCACAACUUCUUCAGCUAAAUCACAAUCGAUUCAAUCUCAAUUGUUCUAUGCUCUUGUCAUUCAAACACUUAUUCCAACUCUCCUUCUACACUUUCCAGUCUCCAUCAUGUUUGGUUUCGUUUUUGCAGAUAAUGGGUUGGGAAUCUACAGUAGUAUUGUCUCGAUCACAAUAUCAUUAUACCCAGCAAUUGAUCCUCUUCCUAACUUUUUCAUUAUCACCCCUUAUGGGAAAGCGGUUUUUCGAUCCAUCAACAAAAACUAUCAAUUAUCCGAUAAUCAUGCACCACCUAAUUCUAAAAACGCCGUGGCUCCAGCUCCUGGAGCUCCGAUCUCAGCAAUUUGA